GAGGUUGGCACGGAAAGCGCUGUGGACCGCGGCAAGUCAACGAAGUCGUUCUUGAUGUCAUUAUUCGAGGCUGACGACCACCACAGUGUUGAAGGGAUCGACACCUUCAAUGCGUGCUAUGGCGGGACAAAUGCAUUAUUCAGUACCACGGACUGGCUCCAGAGCAAAGCAUGGAAUGGCACGUACGGCGCUGUGGUCUGUUCCGACCCGGCGGUCCACCCAGAUCCUGCUGAUAUCUCUGGCAUUGGGGUGUCGUCAAUAUCCCUGGUGGUAGCGUCGCAAGCAUCAUUGCUGCUCCAGCGAGAGCGCACAACUUUCAUCAAGCACUCCUGGGACUUCUAUCGGCCCGUCGGGUGGCCCACAAACGACGCGGUAAUGGACGUGAACAUCGCGACUGGUCAAUACGAAGAGGCCAUGCUGUGGUGCCAGGGCUGA